GUUGCGUCUGCGUAAAUCAACAGAACUCUGUGUGGAAUGGGAAAAGAGGGUGGAAACUAAAGUAGAUGAAUGAAUUGUUCUGGAAUGCGCGUUAUAAGGAUACAACAAUGAGAGUCCUUCUCCGUGGCUGCAAAGGUCUUCGGCGGUCCUAUCUCGUGGCACCCAUACUACUCCUUCUCCUGGUCGGUGCUGCCUUGACUGCCCUCCUCCCUUCCAUCGAGGACCGUGGCAAUGUCGGCGCCAUGGGAGCCCUUCGCCGUAGAGCCACCGCCGGCAGCAAUGCCAACGCCAUUCCCAGGCACCAAAUGGAAGAGCAGGCAGAGCAGGACGCCACCGCCUUUACCAUAGUCAUACAGACGUACAACCGCACCGACGUGCUCCUGAAACUGCUCAACCAUUACCAGGCGGUACCACACCUGCGGCGGGUCAUCAUCGUGUGGAACAACAUUGGGGAGCGGACCCCCCAAGAGCUCUGGGACGCCCUGGGGCCCCACCCCAUCCCCGUGGUGUUCAAAGAGCAGCGCGUCAACCGCAUGCGCAACCGACUUCAGCCGUUUGCCGAGAUCGAUACCGACGCUGUGUUGAUGUUGGACGAUGACACGUUGGUCAGCGUUCCAGAUAUCAGUUUUGCCUUCUCUGUGUGGAAGCAAUUCCCAGAUCAGAUAGUUGGAUUCGUGCCCCGUAAACAUGUUACCACGGUGACGGGGGUCUACAGCUACGGCAGCUUUGAACUCCAGGACCCAGAGAUGGGAGGAGGUGACAGGUACUCCAUGGUGCUGAUCGGCGCCGCCUUCUUCCACCGCCGCUACCUGCAGCUCUUCCAGGAGCAGCCGCCAGAGGUGCACGCCCUGGUGGACGACACGCAGAACUGCGACGACAUCGCCAUGAACUUUGCCGUGGCAGCGGAGCUACAGCGAGGUUCCGAGGCCAUAAAAAGUAGACCCUCUGGCAUCUUCGUGAAGCCCGUGGAUAUGCGCAACCUGGAGAGGGACGCCAGCAGCGGGUACCUAGGCAUGUGGCACCGUCCCGAACACUUGCUCCAGCGCUCUUACUGCCUGAACCGGCUGGCACAGAUCUACGGCGCGAUGCCCCUGAGGUACUCGAACAUGAUGCUGUGCCAGUUUGGCUUCCCAAGCUAUGCCAACCACAAGAGCAGGGGCUGACUGGCACAGGGGGGCGCGGACUGGCAUUGACAGGUGGCGAACACAGCGGAUAUUCAGGAGAGAGAAAGGAUUCCUUAUUAUGACCUCAUCAGGACUAGAUCUCUGAGAUGUUACCUCCAGGACCAAACACCGACAACACGGCAGAUGGUCCAACAAGCGGUGCCUUACUAAAGAUGGACUCUUUACUUUAACCUGCUCUGACAAUCUGACAGACAAGAUGUCAGUAUUAAACCAGAGGACUUUUGCUGUUGCCAAAAUCACAGGAUAUUACAUGGCACUGUAUAGACUUUAGUUAGUGCAAUUGCUUUUACCGCCAGCAGAUGUAAGCAUUGCAAUAUGCACAUUUGCACAGGGCAUGAACAGUACUGUAACUGUUCAAAAGUCUAAUUGGACUUUUGCCUUACUUUGUGUCUGUACUUAACUUGUCAGGGAUUCAGAUGUGUAUAUGAUGAAUGAUUAAAUGUGAUGAGACACACACACAGGUGCUCAUACAAUCGCAGACAACUGAGAAUAUUCCUUUGAUUCUGAAUAUUCCUUUGAUUGUUUGAAGGUCAAGUGAACAUUUUAAAUCUACUGGUGUUAAACAUUAUUACAAUGUCAGGACUUGAAUAAUGGAUGCUCUCUGCUCUUGCUCGGCUGAAACUUUGCAGUGUUAAACGGUACUUACUGGAAUUAUGUGAAUAUUGCGCUGACUUUGCUCUGGUGGAAACUGGUGCUGUUUCUGGCGACUGCCUCCCUGACAUGACUGUUUCAGGGUGAAUAUCUACAGGACUUGUAGCAAGUAUCUUCUCCUUUACCAUUUCUGUUGCCUUCGAGCCUGAAAUUGUGAUGCAUUGAAAAAGGCUGUCCCUCCAAACUGUUAGUCUUUCUAUCAGAUUUCAUAUCAUCUGCCUUUAAAAUGGUUUGUCUGCCAAAAAUCUACUAUGGUGUAUCUCAACGAUGCAUCAUUUUGCCGUUUGUUUCUUUUCUACAUGACAUGUAGAUCACUGGAACAUUUAUUCUCUCAUUGAUUUUGUUUUUGUUGUUUUGUUAUGAUUUUGGCUGUUUGUUGUUAGAGCUAUGUUGCAAAUCAUUAGUUUGGGUUGGGUUCUUUGAGGUUGAUGUGCUGUGCAACAAUUAAAGGCUUUAAUAUA